AACGAUAAAAUUAUUUGACAUUUUGUCCGAAGUUAUUUUUUCUUUUGUAUAAACCGGAACGGAACGUUACACACACACACUAAAAAAGAAAUCCUCAAGAAAUUCUUCCGCGUUUUGCAAGAAUUCUCAAGAAAUCAAGAAGAGAAAACCCAAUGUUGCAGCAAUAAAAUACCCCCAAAUCCUUAAACCCCCCAUUUCCAGUCUCCGUUUCCCUUCUCUCUCACUGCAGAGUCUUUCUCGUUGAUGGAAAUUUGAAAAAAAGAAGAAAAAGAGCAACUCAAUCUUCAGUAUGGAUUUGUUUAGGCAGGCUAUUCUGCGCCAAGAGCCACCUGAAGAUUUCGCUCUUCUAACUGUUCAAGAAGCUAUAAAACCCCAGAAGCAAACAAAGCUAGUCCAAGAUGAGAAUCAGCUGUUGGAAAAUAUUCUCAGGUCGCUACUUCAAGAACUGGUGGCUGCUGCAGUUCAGUCAGAGCAGAAAGUCAUGAAGUAUGGAGUGUCAAUUGUUGAUGGUGAAUCAAGUCAGGGUCAGAUUCCCCGCCUUCUUGAUAUUGUUCUUUAUCUUUGUGAGAAAGAGCAUGUGGAAGGUGGCAUGAUAUUUCAACUUUUGGAAGAUUUGACAGAAAUGUCAACAAUGAGAAACUGUGAGGAUGUUUUUGGGUACAUAGAGAGCAAACAAGACAUAUUGGGGAAGCCAGAACUCUUUGCACGAGGAAAGCUUGUUAUGUUAAGGACGUGUAAUCAGUUGCUUCGUCGUCUAUCAAAGGCAAAUGAUGUUGUUUUCUGUGGGCGCAUUAUCAUGUUUCUUGCUCACUUCUUCCCCUUAUCUGAGCGUUCUGCUGUAAAUAUAAAAGGAGUUUUCAAUACAUCGAAUGAGACAAAAUAUGAGACAGAAGUUCCUGAGGGUAUUUCUAUUGAUUUCAACUUCUAUAGAACGCUUUGGAGUCUACAGGAAUACUUCUGCAAUCCGCCAUCCCUGAUUAAUGCUCUUGGCAAGUGGCACAAAUUUACAUCCAGUUUGGCGGUUGUUCUAAAUACUUUUGACGCUCAGCCUUUAAGUGAUGAAGAGGGAAAUGCUCAUAACCUCGAGGAUGACGCUGCAAUCUUUAACAUAAAAUAUCUUACAAGCAGUAAACUUAUGGGUCUCGAGCUGAAAGAUCCUAGUUUCAGGCGCCAUGUUCUGGUUCAGUGCCUCAUUCUGUUUGACUAUUUGAAGGCGCCCGGGAAAAGUGAGAAGGAAUUGCCUUCUGAAGCAAUGAAGGAGGAAAUAAAGACUAGUGAAGAGCGGGUAAAGAAGCUUCUUGAAAUGACUCCACCCAAAGGCACAGAUUUCCUCCACAGUAUUGAGCACAUUUUGGAGCGUGAAAGGAAUUGGGUUUGGUGGAAACGGGAUGGCUGCCCCCCAUUUGAGAAGCAACCAGUAGAGAAAAAGCUGGUUCAAGAUGGAACCAAAAAACGUCGACCACGAUGGAGGCUUGGAAACAAAGAACUCUCCCAAUUGUGGAGAUGGGCUGAUCAGUAUCCGAAUGCUUUAACUGAUACUCAACGCGUGUGCACUCCCUCUAUCACAGAUUACUGGAAACCUCUGGCAGAAGAUAUGGAUGAAGCUGCUGGAAUAGAAGCAGAAUACCAUCACAAAAACAAUCGGGUCUAUUGUUGGAAAGGUUUGCGAUUUUCAGCUAGGCAAGACUUGGAGGGAUUUUCCAGAUUUACAGAACAUGGUAUUGAGGGGGUAGUGCCCCUGGAGCUUUUGUCUAAUGAAGUACGGGUCAGAUAUCAAGCUAAACCAAGCGAAAGGACUAAGCGGACUAAGAAAGAGGAUACAAAAAACUCAACGCAACAGGCGGAAGAAAAUCAGAUUGUAACGCCACCAAGUGAGAUGGACAAUGAAGUGGGCCGAGCGGACCCUGAAGCAUCUGCUGCUCCCAUGGAUACAGAUGUAGGAAUAGCUACUGUUAACAUAUCUCAGGAAGAAACUCCGACUCCAGAGGAUAACCAGAAGCAAAGCUCUGAUACAGAUGUUGCUCAAGAAGCAGGGCAGACUGAAGCAGAUACAGAAGCAGAGACGGGGAUGAUUGAUGGAGAAACAGAUGCAGAAGUUGAUCUAGAUGCAGUAGGCUAAUCCAACUGUGUAUCGUUUUGUGCACCUAAACCGAUGUAACUUAUGUCAAUGAUUACUUAAUCUUUACUGAAUUUGCACAAUAUAACUUUAUGUCAGUUGCUGAAGAAGCUUGACAGCAAAAAAAAUAAAUACACACUUUCGAAUUAAUUGUUCUUCCAGUGGCUGGACAUAUUGCUACAUAUAUCUUAAUUUAUAGUCGAGGAAAUGGUUGCCAAAAGCUCAAUUAUUUGGAGGGGGAAGGUGGUAUUGUUGCAAUUAACAAUGGUGAGAUUGGAGAAUGUGUGUUGUUUAUUGAAGUAUUAAUAAUAUUUUUAUGUUUGCUUGA